GAGAUGGACAGAGCACUGAGUCAAUAACAGGACUGUGGAUGGAGAUUAAAGGUUGACUUGAAAAAGAAGUGAUACAAAGAAAUCUGGAAAUGGAUGAAGAAAAGGAUAUUGCAGUGGUGGGAAUAGGAUGCAAUUUUCCAGGGGGAGAAGGCCUGGACAAUUUCUGGAAGGUCCUGGUGGAGGGCAGAAACUGUGCUGUGCCCAUCCCGAGAGAGAGGUUUGACAUGGGCAGCUGGUACGAGGUUGAUGAAAACAAACCAGGCAAAUCACGAACAGCCAAAGCUGCACUCAUCGAGGGGUUCAAUGAGUUUGACCACAAGAUGUUUGGGAUCAGUGACAGUGAGGUGGAGCAGAUGGACCCGCAGCAGAAGCAGUUGUUGCAGUGUGUGUAUCGAGCCUUGGAGAACGCUGGACUCCCUCUGGAGAAGGCCAGUGGCACCAAGACUGGAGUCUACUUUGGUAUUAUGAACCGAGAUUAUGAGACGAACGCCGCACAUAUGCACCCCACUAUGAUAAACCACUGGACCGGCACUGGACUGGCCAUGAGCAUAAUAUCCAACAGAGUGUCCUACACCUUCAACUUCACCGGACCCUCGCUGUCCAUAGACUCCGCCUGCUCGUCUUCUCUGGUGGCUCUGCACUUGGCAUGUCAGGCUAUCAAACAAGGAGACUGUGACAUGGCCUUGUGUGGAGGGGUCAAUAUUAUCAUAGAGCCCAGAGUGUUUGUGGCUCUGAGUAAAGCCAAGAUGAUCUCUCCCGAUGGAAUCAGCAAACCCUUCUCCAACAAAGCAGAUGGCUACGGCAGGGGAGAGGGCUGCGGGGUGGUUCUGCUCAAGCCACUAAAAAAGGCAUUAGAGGACCAUGACCACAUUUGGGGCAUUGUCAGUAAAACAGCAGUAAACCAAGAUGGCCACACUGUUAGUCCAAUCACCAAACCUUCUAUGUCACAACAAGAGCAGUUGCUUCGCCAAAUCUACACAGACACUGACCUGAUAGAUGUCCAGUACAUCGAGGCACAUGGGACCGGAACGCCAAUAGGAGAUCCAACUGAGGCCCAGAGCAUCUCAAACGCCAUAGCUAAAUCCAGACCACACAAUACCGAGACCCUCUGUAUUGGUUCGGUUAAAAGCAACAUCGGCCACACUGAAUCAGCAGCUGGGGUUGCUGGACUUAUCAAGGUACUGUUAAUGAUGAAAUACAAGACUAUAGUGCCUUCAGUGUUUUACUCUGAAGAGACUGCAAGUGUAGAUGCCAAAGAUCUCAACAUUAAAGUGCCCAAGGAAGCAGAGAAGUGGGAACCCAACUGUGACAGGGUUGCAGGAAUUAACAAUUUUGGUUUUGGGGGAACUAAUGCCCAUGCGAUUGUCAAACAGUGCAAACAAAAAAACAUUACACCAAAGAAAGAUCAGGUAAAGAACCAGCUGAAGUAUUUUGUCUUGUCUGCAAAUUCACAGAAAUCCCUCACUUUGAUGAUGGAAGACACUAUAAAACACCUAGAUGCAGAUACCCAAAUUGAUCUUGAUUCUCUUCUGUAUACUUCUGCUUGCCGGCGCAGCCAUCAAAAGCAUAAAUACAGAAAGGCUAUUAUGGUUUCAAAUGUAUCUGAGCUCAAAGAGAAGCUAAGUGCCAACAUUAGCAAAAACGUUAGCCCCUCAGUUUUAGGAUCAAGAUUGGUAUUUGUGUUUUGUGGAAAUGGUGUCACCUACCAUGGGAUGUGCAAGCAGCUGCUAGAGUGUGAGCCUGUUUUUAGACAAAAGAUAAUUGAAAUCACAGUGCUUUUACAAAAGCUGAGUCCACUGAACAUCUUGGAGAUACUUGAGAGUGACAUUGAAAGUAGUGAUUUUAACAACCCAGAUGUUGUCCAACCUCUACUAUUUGCAAUCCAGGUCAGCCUUGAUGCUCUGUUCAGACAAUGGGGUAUAAAGCCUGAUGCCAUCUUGGGUCAUUCAGUUGGUGAAGUUGCAGCUGCACAUUGCUCAGGGCUUUUGUCACUUGAAGAUGCGGUAAAAGUAAUCUAUUACCGUAGUUGUCUGCAGAGUAAAGUUACUGGGGGAAAAAUGCUAGUAGUUAGCAACAUGGCCGUAUCGGAUUUGACGCCUCUUCUUUCGCAGUACUCAGGUAAAAUAUCCGUUGCAGCAAUAAACAGCCCACAAUCUUGCACUCUUUCAGGUGAUGCAAAUGCAAUUGAGGCCCUUUGUGAAGACCUAAGCACCUCUGAUACAAGUCAAAAGCUGUUUCUCAGAGUGCUGGAUGUCGCAGCAGCUUAUCACAGCCAUAUGAUGGAUCCAAUUCUUGAUGACAUUAAGGAGAAAAUAGGCUCUUUAAAAGUCAAUACACUUGAGACCGAAUUGUUCUCAACAGUGACAGGAAAGGAAGUCCAAGAUGAUGACUGCUGUUCUGGGGAAUAUUGGGCAAGAAACAUACGAGAGCCGGUAGCUUUUGAGCAAGCUGUGAGGUCAGCCACCAAUGGGAAAAACAAUACAGUCUUUCUGGAGAUAGGUCCAAGAAGAGCUUUGCAGAGAAAUAUCUUGGAGACACUGGGUAAUGAUACCCCUGUUCUUGUGUCAGCGCAGCCUGGCAAAGAUCAUGAAACUGCAGUGUCUGUGGUUUCAAAGUUGUUUGAACGAGGAAUUAGAGUAGACUGGGACACAUUUUACAAAGGGUAUGAGACAGUGCCACUAGAUUUCCCCAAGUACCAGUUUGACACCUCAGACAGAGACGUUGUCAUUGGUGCAGCUCAGGAAAAUACACUCAGUAACCACCCAGUCAUCUGUAAGAAGGGCAGUGAAAGCAACAUUUUCAGUUCCAACCUCAUGUCUGACUCUGUGUUUUACUUGAAAGAGCAUAGGCACAAUGAUAUACCAAUUAUUCCAGGUGCCUUCUAUGCAGAAUUGGGUUUGGCGACAUUUAUGGCAAGUGCCAAGCCUAAAGUCCCGCUCAAGUCACUGCAGCUCAGUGUGAACUUUCACAGCCCAUUUGUUUUAUUGCCAAACUCACCAGAAAUGAAGGUGCAGCUUCACCAAACUGAAAAAGGAACAGGGUUUGCAGUGUUCUCCCAGUCUGCCAUGUAUGCAUCUGGUAGAGUAGUCUCAAGUAAAGAUACGCUGACUGAAGAGCAGAGAAUUUCACUGAAGUCCAUCUACCAAAGGUGCACCUCUGUAGUGGACUAUAAGGAAAUGUAUGGUUACCUUUUAGCUGGAGGUUUCAAAUAUGGAGACAUCUUCCAAAAUAAAGCCAAUGUCCACUAUGGAGAAGAGCUGAAAGAGGCGAUUUCAGUUGUGACUGUUCCAGAGGCUUUGCAAUCUCAAUUGCAUGAAUACUGCAUUCACCCAGUGGUUUUGGAUUAUUUCAUGCAACUUCUUCCAGUGACGGUGGAGAACAUUUUUGCAGGUAGACCAGGCUUUCCCGCUAAAAUAGGUAGUCUUACAGUGUUGGAACCCUUGGAAGAUGAGAUGGUAGUCUAUCUAAGAGCGACUGACAUAGGGCUAGAUCACUUUGAGGUUUGUGGUUGCUUUGCAGAUAAAGACGGUAAAGUCUUGGUUGAAGUCAAGCAUGCUACUAUAAAGUACCUCGGCAGUCGCUCUCAUGUAGUUGAUGAGUACUUCUACCACAAUGCUUUCAAUGUAAUUUCUGAAUCAACUGCAUCCACGCGUCCACCUCGUGCCUUGGUCUUCUGUGACUCAUUGGGUAUCUCCAAAGCCCUACAACAAUACUUGGACUCAGAGUCUUGCUAUGUUUCUUUCACGCAUGCAGAACAGAUUUUGGCUCAUGGCUUUCCUUCUCUUUUGGAUAAUCUUAAGAUCAAGAACAAAAUGCUACACUUUGAUGAGGUGUUGUAUUUAUGGGGCAUGAACAACCUUACAUCACUGGCACCUGAUGCUGUUAUGCAAAAUUUAGCAAACUACUGUGAGAUUUUCAGACAGAUUGUUCUUGAGUUCAAGAAAAUAAACUUUCCAAACUCCAUUAGAGCAGUGACUUACCAUGCAUCAGAUAUCACGGUGGACCACAUCAACACUGGCUUUGCUAUCUUGGGUAUGACGCGAUCUUUAUCAGCAGAAAUACAAGAGCUUUCCUUUCAGUCAAUUGACCUAAACAAUGCCUCUGCUGAGGACAUUGCAGCUCUUUCUCAAAUUCUAAAAUCAUUUCCCUGCAGCAAGUACCCAGAACUAGUGGUCAAAGAUGGACAGGUUAUGAAGCCUUCUAUUGUUCGUACCCCACCUCAAAUCUGUGACAGCUCAGAGCUCAUGUUUUCCUCAUCAGUGACUGAACCUUGCAUUUUUCAGACAUCUGAUGCUCACAUAAUAACUGACGUUAGUGCAAUCCAUAGUUUUAGUGAGGAACAGCUAAGUGAUACUUCAGUUGAAAUUCAGCCAACCAACAUUUGUGUGCAUUCAUCUGAUUACUUCCCUGUUAGUCUUUCACAUCUUAAAUUUGGCCAGACACUUUACUGGGACCAGCACUCAAAUCAGAAACACAAGGUGAUAGCUCUUGAUUUUAGUGGCACCAUAACUGCCGUUGGAGGCAGUGUCAAGAAACUGAAGGUUGGAGAUCAAAUUGCAUGUUGUUUUCCAGUCACAGCAGGAAACAAGGUCAGAGUAGCAGAAAAUUUGUGCUAUAGCAUCAAACACUUUCCAUUUUUUAAGAAAACACCUUGUGUUUCUUUCUUUGUGCUUGCAUGGGAGAUCUUACACAAGGUCUUACCUAAAGCCAAACACCACAUAGGAAUCAUUUGUUCUGUGGCUGAUUCAGUUCUAAUCAAAGUCUUGAACUUUGCUUUGAAGCAUUCUGGGCACUCUGUUGUUGUUGGGACACAGUAUGAUGACUCAUUUGUAGAUGUUAAAAAGUUUGAUGCAUUCAUUAUCCUACCGCCAUUUCAUGAGACAUUAACAGCUAAGAUUCAUAGCUUUCCCAAUGUACAACAUGUUGUCAUCAUCUGUGGAUCACACUUUUUGCCUGCGCCUCAUGAAUUACAAAGUUUAAAUGAUCGUGCUAAUGUGCAGACAUUACAAAUGCCAGGCAUUCUACAAAAAGGCUCACUGACUUGUCAGAGACCAAAGAUUUUGCAGUGGUUGAAGUCGCUGAAUUUCAGCAAAAAGUUAACAAUAGAGAGCCUUACUUUUCAAAGUCCUGAAUCUGAAAUCAUCCAAAGGAAUGGCUCAGAGAAGCCACGGUCAUACUUCAACACUGCAAAAGUUGGUAUAAUAGAACUUGCUAAAGACUCUCAAAUACCACUGCUGCCAUCGAAGAAAAAGCUCUUCAAAAAUAGAGCUGUGUAUAUAGUAACAGGGGGCCUCUCUGGGUUAGGCUAUGAAACAGUCAAGUUCAUCUCACAAAGAGGUGGUGGAAAUGUUGUUAUACUGUCCCGAAGUAAGCCUUCACCUAAAGUGCAGCAAGACCUUAACAACAUCAAAAAAUUGUGCGGGAACUGCAUCAUCAGCCUCGAGUGUGACAUCUCUGUGUCUGAACAUGUGCAAAGAUCAGUUCUUUCUAUUGGACAGAGAUUUCCUGAGUGUCCAAUCCGAGGAGUGUUUCACAGUGCAGUUGUCUUGCUUGAUGGGCUGAUCGAAACACUUAACCAAUCUUUGUAUGAGCAGGUUUUCAAGCCCAAAGUAAAUGGUGUUCUCAAUUUGCACAAUGCCACAAAACACUGCCAGCUAGAUUACUUUGUGUGCUACUCCUCCAUCUCAGCAUUUUUAGGUAAUGCAUCACAAACCAAUUAUGCUGCUGCCAAUACAUUUCUUGAUCUAUUCUGUCAGUAUAGACGUAGACUCGGCUUAUCUGGUCAGUCAAUCAGUUGGGGAGCUCUGAACACAGGCCUUCUCUUGAACAAAGGACAUUUUCAGAGAUUUUUGGAAGCAAAGGGAAUUAUGAUAUUGGAUAUAGCAGAGAUUAACAAGAGCCUGGAGCAAUGUCUCAUCUUAAACCAACCUCAACAGGCCGUUGUUAAGUUCCACUUCAGAAAUAUCAGGCGCAAUAUCCUUUCCCAAAAUGCUUCUUUAACUAUGCGGUUGUCAGCAUUAGUUGAGGAGGCAUUCCAAAGCAAUAAAGAGAUGGAAGCAGCUAAGAAACAAGUAGAUUCAGUCUCACCAAAAGACUAUGCAGUCUCUCUAAUUAGUGAGACCAUUGGCAUAGACCAGAGUGGGCUUAAGGACGAAUCACUUCUUUCAUCACUAGGAAUUGACUCGAUGCAGGCGAUGACGCUGCAGAAUCUGAUCUUUCAAGAGAAGGGUCUCAAUGUGCCAUUGGUGAAACUGCUUGAUCCAAAUGCAACAGUCUCCACUUUAGUUGCCAUUCUUAGUGAAGGAAAUGAAGAGGAAAUCCAUAAGUCUGUUCCAGCAUUGCAAAUAGAUGAAAUUUUUACCAGGCUGUAAAGUCACAUGUGCCGUAACAUUUAUGUAUAUGU